GGCGGUGGGAGCAGGCAGCCGUGCGGAGGCGGGGGAGGGCUGCGGCCCGGGAGCUGGACCCCGGCCCCGAACCCUGAUCCGGAUCGGAUGCUGGACUCCGACCCAAACCCCUGGCCGAGACCCCAGACCCCUGACCCUGACCCCAGACUCGGCCCGGUCUCUGGACUCCGACCCAAGCCCCGGAUCGAGACCUCACACCCGUCGCAGACCCCGGACCCAGACCCAGAACCAGACCCAAGCCCCUGGCCGAGACCCCAGACCCGGCCCAGAGUCCGGACCCAGACCUAGAGCCAUGGCAGAGACCCCAGACCCGGCUCAGAGUCCGGACCCAGACCUAGAGCCAUGGCAGAGUCCCCAGACCCGGCCCAGAGUCCGGACCCAGACCUAGAGCCAUGGCAGAGACCCCAGAUUCGGCCCGGUCUCUGGACUCCGACCCAAGCCCCUGGCCGAGACCCCAGACCCGGCCCCAAAGUCCGGACGCAGACCCGAGCCCCGGACGUAGCCUCCGGACCCCGGGCCCGGCCCAGACCAGCCUCCCCCUCCCCCUCCGCGGUCCGAGCCCCACGCCUUUCCUCCGUCUGGGAGUCCGUCUGCGAGUCCGGCCGCGAGGCUGCAGACGUGCCUCUCCUCUGGUGUCGCCCGUGCUCACCCGCAUGUUGUUUUGUUACUGAAGCAGCCGAUUCCGUAAAGCCGGUAUUUUUGUUGUACCUGCGCUGCCCGCUGGCCACGUGCGGCAGUUGAGCUUCGGAGAUGUACAUGGCCCAGAGCAAGCACGCCGAGGCCCGUGAGCUCAUGUGCUCUGGAGCCCUGCUAUUCUUCAGCCACGGCCAGCAAAACAGCGCGGCUGACCUGUCUAUGCUGGUCCUGGAGUCGCUGGAGAAGGCGGAGGUCGAGGUGGCCGACGAGCUGCUGGAAAGUCUGGCCAAGCUGUUCAGUCUGAUGGACCCCAACUCCCCGGAGCGGGUGGCGUUUGUGUCUCGAGCCCUGAAGUGGUCCAGCGGGGGGUCCGGGAAGCUGGGCCACCCCCGGCUGCACCAGCUGCUGGCCCUCACCCUCUGGAAAGAACAGAACUACUGCGAGUCCCGCUACCACUUCCUGCACUCCAGCGACGGGGAGGGCUGCGCCAACAUGCUGGUGGAGUACUCCACGGCGCGGGGCUUCCGCAGCGAGGUGGACAUGUUUGUGGCCCAGGCCGUCCUCCAGUUUCUCUGUUUAAAGAACAAAAGCAGUGCCUCCGUGGUGUUCACGACGUACACGCAGAAGCACCCGUCCAUCGAGAGGGGCCCUCCCUUCGUGCAGCCCCUGCUCAACUUCAUCUGGUUUCUGCUGCUGGCCGUCGACGGGGGGAAGCUGACCGUGUUCACAGUGCUGUGUGAGCAGUACCAGCCGUCCCUGCGGCGGGACCCCAUGUACCGCGAGUACCUCGACCGGAUAGGACAGCUCUUCUUCGGCGUGCCGCCCAAGCAGACGUCUUCCUACGGAGGCCUGCUAGGGAACCUUCUGAGCAGCCUCAUGGGCUCCUCGGAGCAGGAGGGCGAGGACAGUCAGGACGACAGCAGCCCCAUUGAGCUCGACUGACGCCCACGGACCUGCACGGACACGGCCUGGACCACGGCGGGCGCGGCUCCCAACGCGGGUCCGGACCUGGGCCCCCGGCCUCCGGCCGAGGCUGCGGGGCCGCACGUGGGGUGUUCGGGGCCGCGCCGGCUGGGCCGCCGUGUACUUUGAGAUCUCAGACCCCAAUAAAGCACAGGCCCUGCGGCGCCUCCUCUCCCGGCCCUCGUGUCUGGUUUGCUUGGGGAGGGCUCGGUCUUGCGGGCCCCUCGGGCGGGGUGGGGGGGGGUCUCCUGGCCACCGUGUCCUGGGGCGUGCCCGGGUGGCUGCUCCGUGCCACGCCCCGGGAGCCGCGGCCAAGCGCCCGGCCAGCUCAAGGUGGCACCCCGUCGGGAGGGUGCAGGACCGUCCACCUUCGUGGGGCGAUAUUUAUUGUCUUUGGGUGAUUGUUGAUUCCUCUGACCUGAUAUUUUAGGUUUUAGCCAAAUGACCAGCCCAGGAACGAGCAGACCUGUCCCUUCUCACCGACAUGUGUCAGAUGCCCCAGGAUAGGCGCAGAGGGCAAACACUUUAUUUUCCACAGUUAUAAGAGCUGUAGCUUCACACCGAGCGAUCAUGCAUGGGAAGGAACAGAACACACAACUUUAUUUACUGUAAAAAUGGAAUUGAAAGGAAGGUUUGUGUUCACUGUUGAGUUAAAUAAAUCCUUUGUCCUGGG